UUCCUUUUUUGGAGUAUAGAGCAUUCUACAUAAUAACCCAAAACCUUUGUUAACAUUUGUUAACUAUAAUAAACUGUGUUGUUAUUUUUACCUUUUUUAAUGUUGAAACAAAAGUCUAAAUGUCUUUGUUUGGGCAAUAAAGUUUUACUCUUUUUGUGAGAGACAUCAAAGGGGAAGUAUUCAACCCAAACAUAACAUAAGAAAAUCUAAUCUAAUCUAAUAUGAUCUAAUCUAAAUAUAAGUUUAUCAUUACAUUCAUGGACAUUACACAUUUCCAGUUAAUUAAAAAUUAUCCUGCAUGAACUCUCACAGUAGUAAGUAUGCAAAACAAUCCAUGUAUUUUUUUCAACCUGUGUAAAAUCUGUAUUGUCCUCAGUUUCUUGUUUUACUUAUUUUGAAAGACAUUUCUUUUCCAAGUUCCCCAAUAUGGAAAAUGUUUAAAAUUCGACAUGUUUUUUUAACCUGUUUCUCCACCCUUUUUUCCUCUUCAAGUCAAAGUCACUUGUCGUCAUCUGCCACACCUCUUUCUCUUCUGCAACAAGGCAUACUGGUUUAUCCUACAGCGUGUUCAUUGUUCACAUUCCCCCAUAAAAAGCCUGUGACACAACAGUUUCAAUGAAACUGAGCAGAGAUCUUCCGGGUGGAUUUACACUGCUGGAGCUGGAAAUGUCUCGUCGCAGCAGUGUGGCUGACCAUGGCCGGUACAGCUCAAUGGGGAAGUCCCAGAAAAGUGAUAGCAGAUACCGCAGCCCCCGACUCAGCAGCCAGGGCAGUCAGCGAAAUGUACUGUGUGACUUUUGCCUGGCCAAGAACAUGAAGGCUGUGAAGACCUGCCUAACAUGUCUGACCUCGUUCUGUGAGACCCACCUACAGGCCCACUACGAAUACCCGGCACUGAUGAAGCACAAGCUGGUGGCAGCAACAGGACAGGUGAGGGAGAAGAUCUGUGCUGAACAUGACAAACUGCUGGAAGUCUUCUGCCGAUCUGACCAGAUGUGUGUUUGUGUCCUGUGCAUCAUGGAGGAACAUAAAAAACAUGACAUUGUCUCGGCUGCAGCUGAGAGGACAGAGAAGCAGAAACAGCUUGCGGAUAAGCUGAUGGCUUCUCAGCAGAAGAUUGAAGAAAGAGUGAAGAAGUGGCAGGACCUGAGACAGGCUGCCGAGUCUCUUAAGCACUCAUCCCAGAGCGUGAUGGAGGAGAAUGAGAGGAUCUUUACUGAGCUGAUGCGAGCGCUGGAGAGGAGGUAUGUGGAUGUGAAGGAGAUGAUUCGAGCUCAGGAGACAGCUCUGAUGACCCAGGCUGAUAGACACCUGGACCGAAUGGAGGAAGAGAUCACACUGCUGCGAAUGAAACACAACGACCUAGAAAAGCUCUCAGGGUCUGAUGAUCACAUCCAUUUCCUACAGAGCUGGCAGUCUCUAUCUGCACCCUCAGGAUAUGAAGACUUGACCAAAGUGGCACUGGCCCAAAAGCACUCCUUUGAUAAAGCAAAGAAAGCAAUCUCUGAGCUUAAAAUGCAGCUAGAGGAUGUCAGUAAGGAGGAACUGAGCAAGAUUACAUCUGCAGUAAGAGAAGUCCAGAUUCUGCAAACUCUGGAGCCAAAAACCAGGGAGGACUUUUUACAAUAUUCCUGCCACCUUUCUCUGGAUCCUCUGACAGUUCACCCCAACCUCCACCUCUCUGAGGGAAACACAGUGGUGCGGAUGAGCAAUGACCCGAAGCGGUACCCUGACCACCCUGAGCGGUUUGACCACUGGCAGCAGGUGCUGUGUAAGGAGAGCUUGUCCGGUGGGCGCUACUACUGGGAGGUGAACUGGACCGGUACAGAGAUUGACAUUGCAGUGACCUACAAGACCAUUAGCAGGAAAGGGAAUGACAAUGUCUGCAGCUUCGGCUGGAGUGACAAAUCCUGGAGCCUGUACUGCUCCGACUCCAAAUACUCCUUUAUGUACAACAACAAAAGCACCACUCUACCAGUGCCAUCUUCCUCAAAAAUAGCGGUGUAUUUAGACCACAAGGCUGGAAUUCUGGCUUUUUACAGUGUGUCCGACACAAUGACUCUCCUGCACCAAGUUAACACCUCGUUCAGUCAGCCACUGUACGCCGGGUUUGGAGUCUGGGGUUUUGGAACCACAGUAAAGAUAUUGUAAAAAAAGGUACAGAAUCCACAAUAUAGAUAAUUUUUUUUCUCUCAAAAUAAUGGUCUAAACAGUUAUUGGGUUCAACUUGCUGUGGUUUGAGUUAUAUUACUGUAAUAUUACUGUUAUAUUACAGUAAUAUUACUGGUAAUGAAUUGCAAAGACGGUUCUUUAUAAACACAUUUGAACUGUUCUAAUGAAUGACAAUAUCCACCAACAACCGUUUAUCUUACUUUUGGGAGAAAUUAGUACUUUGUUUACUAAUAUAGGUAAUUUUGUUUCAAAUGUUUUCAUAAUUGAAAAAAAUAUAUAAAUCUAAAUAAAGCAUUUUUUUUAAAUCAGUGAAUAAAAUAAAUAAAUAAAUACAUAAUAAAAAGUGAUUUUUCCCAAAAAGGAUAAAUGGUUUAUGCAUGGUUAUUUAUUGGAAGGGGUCAAUAAUUAAAAUCUUAUUUUAAGAGCCAAAAGUGACUAUUUAAAGGCAGCGCUCCCAAGACCCACUUUUGAAUGAUGUGAUAUACUGGUAAUGUUCAAUUAAUAUUUCAUAAUUUCUGUACUCUCUGCAACUGUGUAAGUUAACUUAAAGCAUAAAAUAUUUUCUCAUAUGAAAGCAAUCAGUUCUACUGAUUCCAACAUUGAAUGAUUGUCAAAAGUGAAUGGGAAAGGUUAUUGUAAAUGAAAGUAAGUUGCCACUACUGCAUCUAACCACUAGGUGGAGUAAUUCCAUAUGUUUUGUUUCUAAAUUAAACUGUAAAUAAAUCAAUGCUUGUGUGA